AAAACAUUGCUUUGAGACUUAAAGAAGCUCAUAAAAAUAAAAGGCAAGCACAAGAAUCUUUAGAAGAUAAUAUAGAAAUGUAUAAAGAAGAAGUGACUGAAGUUUUUUUAGAUUUACUUUGA